AUGCCGGAAUCGCGUGAGGACUCUGUCUACCUUGCCAAGCUCGCUGAGCAGGCUGAACGCUAUGAGGAGAUGGUUGAGAACAUGAAGCGCGUCGCCUCGUCCGACCAGGAGCUCACCGUUGAGGAGCGUAACCUCCUCUCGGUCGCCUACAAGAACGUCAUUGGUGCCCGCCGUGCCUCGUGGCGGAUCGUCUCCUCCAUCGAGCAGAAGGAGGAGUCAAAGGGCAAUGAGGCACAGGUCGCUAUGAUCAAAAGCUACAGGGAAAAGAUCGAGAGCGAGCUCGCCAAGAUCUGCGAGGACAUCCUCGACGUCCUCGACAAGCACCUCAUCCCUUCUGCUGCCUCGGGCGAGUCGAAGGUCUUCUACCACAAGAUGAUGGGUGACUACCACCGAUACCUCGCUGAGUUCGCCACUGGCGAUAAGCGCAAGGAGAGCGCUGACAAGUCGCUCGAGGCUUACAAGAACGCUUCGGAUGUCGCCAUGACCGAGCUCCCACCAACCCACCCCAUCCGUCUCGGUCUCGCCCUCAACUUCUCUGUCUUCUACUACGAGAUCCUCAACAGCCCAGACCGGGCCUGCCACCUUGCCAAGCAAGCAUUCGACGAUGCUAUUGCUGAGCUCGACACCCUCUCGGAAGAGAGCUACAAGGACUCGACCCUCAUCAUGCAGCUCCUCCGCGACAACCUUACCCUCUGGACGUCAGACAUGCAGGAGACUGACACGAAGGAUGAGCCCGCUGAGGCACCUGCUGACGAGUAG